AUGUCUGAUAGCGAUAAGACGGCCGCAAGAGUCGCACCAAAAUAUGUGCCCAUUCUGUCGUUUGUAGAACUGUCUUUCUUUACCAAAUUAUCUGAACUCAAGCUUAACGAGUUCAAGCUUGAUUCGUCCAAAAGAGACAUCCACGGGUUUAUCACCUCCCCCAGACGGCUCAAUAAGUUCAAUGACCAGCCCACUUUGAAUUUGGACUUGCAAAGCUUUGAUAUUGCAGAAAAGGAAGCUAACAACCUUCAUAUAAGCGGAGAGCUCUACAAUGUGAACACCAUAGAAGAGUUCAAAAACAUCAACAAGCUGGACUUGCUCAACGACUGGGGCAAAGAGGUGUACACACGCCUUAUACAGACAGAGUCGUUGGAUUACAAGGCGUUCAAUUGGUUUUUCAUCUUAACUUUUUCUGACUUGAAGAAGUACAAGUUCUAUUACUGGGUUGCCUUCCCCACAUUGAAUGCUCCGUGGUUUGUGACUUCGACCAGAGAUGAUUCCUUGGUAGAAAAACAUACUAAAAACAUCACUAGACUCCUAGAGAAUGAUGGAGAUUCCGAAAAUCUUGCGUUCUCCCAAUUGUACCAAGUAGUAGGAGAGUCUUACUUAGAUUUGAAUUCUAUUCGUAGUAGUCGUAACGGUGUGUUUGUGUUUCUCGAUGGCUGUUUGAACAAAGAAACCAAACCCUCGGUCCAGUUGAAGAACUACCUCUACUUCUUGGCCUACAAAGGCUUUGAAGACGUCGAUGUGAUCGUAUAUAGAAACGACGGGUCCAGUUUUCAGGUUCAUUACGAGCUAGACACUGAUUCCUUCAACAAGAACGUCCAGCCAAAGAUAACCGGCUGGGAGAGAACGAGUCAGGGUAAGCUUGGGCCAAAAUUGGCAGAUCUUGGCUCGUUGAUCAACCCGCACCAAUUAGCUGAUCAGGCUGUGGAUCUCAAUUUGAAGUUGAUGAAAUGGCGUAUUGCUCCGGAACUCAACCUAGACAUCGUCAAGGAACAGCGGGUACUUCUUCUUGGCGCAGGUACUUUGGGAAGUUAUGUGGCAAGGGCGUUAAUGGGCUGGGGCGUGAGAAAGAUUACGUUUGUCGAUAAUGGGCGUAUCUCAUAUUCUAACCCUGUACGGCAACCUUUGUUCAGUUUUAAGGAUUGUUUCAGCGAUAAUGGACAAGGUGAAAUGAAGGCUGCACGAGCUGCUGAAGCCCUUAAGGAGAUAUUUCCUGGUGUAAGUUCUGAGGGUAUUAGUUUGGAAGUACCCAUGAUUGGGCAUCCGGUGAGCGACGAAGCCAAACUGAAGAGUAAUUUCGGAACGCUUUCACAAUUGUUUGACGACCAUGACAUCAUCUACUUAUUGAUGGACUCGCGUGAAUCGCGCUGGCUUCCCACGGUUCUUGGCUAUGCUAAAAACAAGAUUGUCAUCAACGCUGCAUUGGGGUUUGAUAGUUAUUUGGUGAUGAGACACGGGAAUUUAAGCCAACCAGAAGAGUCCAGGCUUGGUUGUUAUUAUUGUAAUGAUGUUGUUGCACCCAACGACAGUCUUACCGACAGAACGUUGGACCAGAUGUGUACCGUAACCAGACCCGGAGUUGCCCUUAUGGCUUCUGCUUUGGCUGUAGAGUUGCUUGUUUCCAUCCUACAACAUCCUGAUGGAAGCAAAGCUGCUCAGGAUGAGAGCACCAAGUUUGGUGGUGUUCCUCACCAAAUUAGAGGCUUCUUGCACAACUUCCAGCAGACAAAGCUUUAUGCUCCUAACUACAAGCACUGUUCAGCUUGUUCACACACGGUGAUCAGUAAGUUCGAAGAAGAGGGCUGGGAGUUUGUCAAGAAGUGUUUGAACGACUCGGGAUACUUGGAGGAAAUUUGUGGGUUGAAACAGGUCCAGGAAGAGGCCGAGAAGGCUACGGAGGAUUUGAUGAAGGAUAUGGACUUAGACGAUGAAGAUUCUGAGUGGUUGGACUAG